GUAAACAAAUGUUGUGCAAUAGCAUGCUGAGCGGCGCGGGACGGGGCUGACGGCAGGCAGAGCAGCACAGGACCACCAGCAGGACCCACGACACGAAGCCAUACAAAGCGAUAUACAGGUUAAAAAGACGUAGGCUCCGCUAGAUCGUCACAGCCUUCAUUUACACCAAGAACUGACCUCCCCAGCCCCUUGAAGCCCUGAGGAUGGCCGCUCUGUGCCCGGUCCUCAGACGCCUACUAGCUCUCCGCGCCGCCCACAGCCCCCUCAGGCGUCAUUACAGCACCUUGGGUUCUCAUCUCUCCACCUGGCACAAGUUCCCAUCUACAUUUAACACCAAAACUUCAGCCUCACUGCAAAGAGUGCACAGAAAUGGUGGGGUGCUCGGCAUGUGCCAUAAAGCAGACUGGCACUAUAAGAGUAAUUUCAGGGGGUUAACUCAGCGGGAAGUCAUUGUGGUGUCCCUCUCUCUAGGAACUUUCCUAUUGUAUUUCAUGUGCCUAAGGGAACCCAAUGAUAUUGAUGAGUACUUGAAUCAACCCAUUUGGAAGCGACUGCCAGGCAUUGACCCUGAGCAGGCACAACGGAUGAUGGAGGUGGACAAAUACCUUGGAUUGCAGGUUGACUAUACUGAGCUGGAGAAGUACAAGCAAGAAUAUUAUGCAAAGAAGUUAGAGGAGCUGCAUGAUGAGCAACAGCAAAGAAAGAAGCAUCAGGAGCUGUUGCAGAAAACCACUUCCCACAGGAUGAUGUUAGAAAACUUUUCUCAAAACAAACCCAGCAAGUAAAUCACUGAAUGAAGCCAAAUAAGAAAGUUUCUAUUAGUACAGCAGUCGGAAACCUGUGGCUCCAGAGCUGCACGACUCUUCUAAGAGACCUGUGCAGCUCCCAUCACCUACUUUCAAACGUCCAAUUUAUCGCAAAAAAUGAGAGCAUACACCCCAGACCAGGUCUCAGGAGCAGAAGUCAAAUUGAAGUUCAAACCCACAAUCGUGAUCGAAUAUAUUAGGUAGUUAGCAUUUUGUUUAAAGUAUGUAAUAUUUGUUCAGUCAUGGUAACAAUAUAAUAAGGAUUGACAUAAGGUUGCUAACACCAUAUCAAGUUAAAGGAGUAACUUCAUAAAUACAAUAGUUUAUUAUAUGAUAUGGCUGCAAUUAUAAUUUUUAAUUAUUAUAAUUAAAUUUGAUUAUCUAAUGUGGGUAUAUUAUUUAACUCCCAUAUGGAGGAAAAAUUUGAUAGUUUGUAAUUUUCAUUUAAAAUUUACACGGUAGCUCCAGCAGAACUGCUUUUCUGCCAAGUUUGAAGAAACUGGCUCUUAUAGAAUUGUGGGUUGCCAACCUCUGUACUAGUAUAACCAGACACUUCAAAAUACUGCUCAUUCUUGGGUUGAAAAGGACCAGUGUUAAAGUCCAUUAUAAUUUUAAUCAUCAAUUGCAUUUAACAAAAUCCACACUGGGCAAUGUUACAUGUGGAUGUGCAAAAUUAGAUGCUAUCUUCAAGAAGUAUUAAUAUAUUCCAUAUCCUAUAGGACUAGAAAUGUAUAGCUAAAACAAUGUAAAUAAAUCUCAAGGCCUUAAAUGAAUGGGACCUGACAAUUUAGUUUUUACCUACUCAACUACAACAGAAUAAACAAAUACCAACAUUAAUAUAUCUUUGCAGUGCAACCACAUACCAAAUUUUCCAGUGACUUACAAUAUCAAUCUGGUAUGCAUAUUGUGCCAGUAUCAAUAAAUCAGUAUAUAUAUAUAUAUAUAUAUAUAUAUAUAUAUAUAUAUAUAUAUAUAUAUAUAUAUAUAUAUAUAUAUAUAUAUAAACACUACAUAGGUUGCACUGUAAAAUAUAAGUAGAGUAAAAAGAAAAUUCUAUUCAUAUAACAUCACAACCACCAUACAUUUGGGAACCAAAAUUCAAUUACAUGUCAGAAAGUUUAUUUUUGGUGUAAAUCUACAGUGCAGAACCAAUAACAAGAGGACUCCAAAAGAGUGGCACAGGUAAUAAUUUCAUUAUAAGAAAACCAGACCACCAGAUGUAAAGAGACAGACAUUAAGACUUACAACUAAAUGUAAUAAAAAGACUUUCCCACUACUAACUAAAUAAGAUCAUGAACACGGAUGACCUCCACACUGACAAUACAAAUACAUGACAUUGUUCCCGAACCAGAGAGGAGAAAAAAAAAAUGAUUUCUUGUACUUUGGAAUAUUAUUUGUGAUCACAUAACCUAC